AACCAACUUGCUCUCGACCCACCGGGGAAACAUUUGACAUUGUUAGCCUGACUAUGGUUUUAUUCACCGAGCACCUGUCCUCCCCCGUUCAAUUUCUGCCAUCUCAUCCCCAUUGAUGAUUACCCGGCGAAAAUCCAUUUCCAUCUCGACUUUGAAUCCGAAACAAGCUCUGGAUCUGACUGCAGAGACGCCAUAUCCUGGGGCCGACGUAAGAACACAUCGUCUUCCUCGAAGCGUUACCUCGACUGGGUGUUUGAUCUCUUCAAACCGCAGCUCAUCUUGCCAGUUUCGCCAACUAUGUGCUUACCGAAGAAUCGGAUCUCCGGGACCAGCCAAGUCGGAUCACCAAAAGACAUCCUCGGCGCUCCCGAAGUCCGAGGGCCGAUCCUGUAUUCCGUCGCGAGUCCGCGACAUCCGAGUGGGCCGAUCUGCCAGUGGAGAUGCACCGGCAUAUACAACGCAUCUUGAAUGCGCCGUUUCAUGACCUCAUCCCGCUCCCCCGCACUCCGCAAUACCACCUGGAGCCGCCCUGGGAGUUAUCCUGGGAUCCGGUAUAACAAGUCGACUGUCACCUGCCCUAUAGAGCCCGAUCCUGACACAUAGCAACCCCACUGUUAGCGCGAAGUCGCAUCGACACUGGCUCGUUGAGUGUCCGAGUCGGACAUUUCGCCUCCAAGAGCGCCGAACCUGGCAA